CAGAAACCCAGCCUAAAACCACAAACAGCAAGCAAUGCAGGUGUAGAAGCAUCAUAACAAUUUUGUUUGAAACCGGGCAGAGACUCUUCCUGCCUGUUGAACUAGGUUGAAUUGGCAUGUACUGGGCUUUCAGACUUGUUUACGAUCAGGUGGGCAGUACUAGGCAUGGACUAUGGCUACAGUUUGCUCUUAGGUCAGGUUAGAGGGUUUCAUUUCUGGCUGACAUCAGGUUUAARGGGCUCUUAUUUCAGACAAGUCCAUUCAAAUCAAACGRUUGGAAUCGUUUUAGAGUUCAGAUUGAGGUCGUUGGACAGCAUUUUCGGUUUCCUUUGUUUUGUUUUUCAUUGGUUCUGCUGCUUUCCUAUGUAGUAAUAGUUCACAACUAAUCAGGCAUGAUCCAAUGCAACACAUGUACACUCACAUUGUGGGUUGUCUCCAAAAUACUAUAGAAUCUGAGGCGCCAUCAAAAUUAAGUUGUCAAAUAAUUUGUGUAUGAUGGCUUUAUCCAUUAACUYAUCAUCUCUGCAAACCAUAUUACAGUAACUAAGUCCUCCUUGCCUGGAUCAACAUAAUUGGGGCUUGUUUUGAGACGCUGCACAUUUAUUAACCAUUAUACUGUACUCCCUCCUUGUGGUGUAUUGAACACACUGCAUUUGUGGCAAUGAACUGUUAACCCUCCAGUUCAGGUGAUGGAGGUAUGCACCUUCAGCCUUGGGUUCAUUUUGAUUUCCAAUAAAGAAGAAGAAAAACUAAGCACCUCAUUGGCUGAUAUACCCGGAAGAGCAGAAUAAUAAUGACGUCCGUUUUGGAUCACAGUGAAGUCACAUGAAGCGUAUUACAAUUCCCAUCUCUCUUUUGCAGAUUGUCAGUAAAAUAUUACUAUUAAACAAAGUAAUAGCGAGUUGACCGUUAGUUUGCCAAAACGAUAAAAACAUGGACGAGGACGGUUUACCGAUUGUGGGAUCGGGAAUAGAUCUGACCAAGGUCCCAGCCAUACAACAGAGGAGAGUCGUUGCCUAUCUCAACCAGUUCAUUGUGCACACUGUUCGGUUCCUCAAUCGUUUUUCGACAGUUUGCGAAGAGAAACUUGCAUGCAUAUCUCUUCGGAUACAGCAGAUUGAAACUACCCUCAGCAUUUUGGAAGCAAAGCUAUCCUCUAUUCCUGGUUUGGAGGAUGUCAGGGUGGCGGGUGUUGGUCAGCGGCCAGCUACAGAGGUCAAUGGUCCAGUCGCAGUUGUGGUCCCAAGUCAACCAGAGACCCCUAUAGCUUUGGCUGUGCCAUUGCCRCCWCCUGAGGCCUCUCCAAACAUACCAGACCCAAGAGCAGCAGAGGCAGCAGGAGACAAUAGGAUGACUGUGGCCAAGGACCCACGCUAUGCCAGAUAUCUCAAGAUGGUGCAAGUGGGUGUUCCAGUUAUGGCGAUAAAGAAUAAAAUGGUCCAGGAAGGUUUGGAUCCAAACCUGCUUGACACACCAGAUGCACCUGUGCCUGAUGCCGUCAAAAAGAACACACUAGAUCAAGAUGAUGACAGUGACGAUGGCAGUGACUCAUCUUUCAGCGAUUGAUCUGCUGUUUUAGCCAUGAAGCUGCCUAUAGGGAACUUCCUUCCCUGUCAUCUGUGCUCCAGGCCUUUUCCACUGUGCUGCUGCAGGGGCACAGAWGGAYUAGAUGCCAGUGUGUGCUUGACAGGCAGAACUACAGUGCUACCAGACAAAGUCCCACUUCUGUGGAUGAUCUCCAGGGAGGCAUGGGACUKACAAAAGCAGGCAGAUUAAGUAUCUGAAAUGCAUUGUAGAUUGAGUGAAUGUAAACGAGAAAGAGUUUGAUCAUGUUUGUAUCCAGGUCAGCCACUGAUCUUGUGGAUGUUAUAUUUUUGUUUCCAUUUCUUCUCCUGAAACAUUUGAUUGGACAUGGUGUGUCUUUAUGUAGUUUAGCAGUAAAACAGAUGGAAUGACAACCAUGGAAAGUAUCAACCAGAUAAUCGAUUAGUAAUUGAUCAUUCUUUCCUUUAGACUGCACCUGGGCAWACAUGCCUCUGCCCCUUUUGUCAAUAUCAUGUGAACAUUGUAAUGCCUUUGAAAGAGAUUGUGUGGCAGCAGGUAGCCUAGCGGUUGAGAGAGUUGAGCCAGUAACCGGAAUGUUGCUGGUUGGAAUCCCCGAGUCAACAAUCUGUCUGCCCUUGAGCAAGGCACUUAUUGCUCCUGUAAGUCGCUCUGGAUAAGAGUGUCUGCUAAAAGACAAAAAUGUAAUUGUGCUUUAGUCACAUUUGUUUUAUUUUGACAGUGAUGUCUGCAUGUUACACUUGUGAGAGGGGGAUAUGUUGUAUCAUUUCCAUAAUAAUGUUUGACAACAUUUGAUGAGUACUGCUUUACACUACAACUGCUGUAUGAAGAAUGUCAUGCAGAAAUGUUGACUGUUCUCUGGCCGAUUCGUCAUUUUUAAUUGAGACAUUAAGCUGCGAAAUGUAACUGUUCCUGGAGUGAACAAUGUGAAGAACAAAUUAAGGAAAUUGCACUUUUGGGUAAAUAUAUCAUGGGAAAAAACACCACUAGUUGUGAGCAAUGUGUCAAUUGCAAUGGUACUGUGUAUUGCAGUAGUACCUAAUGUGAAUUCACCUCAAUCUUCUAAAAUGAUGCAACUUAAUCCCAGAUCUAACCAUGUUAGCAAGCCUUUCAGGCCCUUGGAUCCCACUGUUGUGAAGGCAUUAUGCCUUGGCCUUUAAGUCAAGAGAGUUUUAUACAACAUCCCUUUUAUCCAAACAAAUGCUCAGAGAUCCAAAUCAUCUUCACAUUGUUUGUAGUCGUCUCUGGACAGAACACUGCAGUGAURGRAGUUUUUCAAUUGAUUAUGAAAGAGGGUAGAUGGAGAGGUGUUAGACUGGAAAGCACUUUGUUCACAAGCGCAAGGCAAGCAGCAUUGAGAUCUGUGUGUUUAUGCAGUUUAGCCUGAAAAAUAAAGAACACAUUUUGCCUAAAAA